AGCAGGGGGUUGACAUGGUAGAUUUAGUAUUGUGAUGGGAAAUGGCCUAUCAAUGUGGCAGUUGUCUCUGUGGGUGAUAUUUAGGAAAAGGAAAAUUAUAUUAAAUAUAUCAAGAAGUUUUUUACUGCUUUUUUUUACUUUCUUAUGUGCAUUGAGACUAUUUUGGCAGAAGGAAAAUGCGGUGACGUUGAAUGUGUUCACGGGUCUUGCCGUGAUGGAAGAUGUUUGUGUGACCCAGGAUGGCAAGGCUUAUCCUGUCAACGGUGCGGCGGACGUGUGAGGCUGUCUUCUACAUCAGGCAUUAUUAGUGAUGGUGCAGGGAACUACAGUGUCAACACUCAAUGUACUUGGCUUAUAGAAAGCUCAAAUAAUGUCCCAAUACGUCUUUCACUUGUCAGUUUUGCAACUGAAUGUAGCUGGGACCAUCUAUAUAUAUUUGAUGGUAGCUCUGUAUAUUCUCCACUUGUUGCUGCCUUCAGUGGGGUUUAUAAAACCAUGCAUAAUUCAACAGAAUUGCCAGAAGUUGUGACCCUAUCAGGCAGUGCAUAUCUGUAUUUCUAUAGUGAUAAUGUUUACAACAUGAGUGGCUUUACCAUCAGGUACAGCAUUAAUGGCUGUCCAAGAAACUGCUCGGGUCGUGGCCUUUGUGUGGAUGGUCAGUGUACUUGUUGGGGACAUUGGUCAGGCAGUGCCUGCAACAUCCCAGCAUGUUCUAGAAGCUGUUCAAAUGGCCAGUGUGAAAUAGAAAGUGACCGAUGUUUGUGUAAAGCUGGUUACAAAGGGGUACAUUGUAAUUUAGCUGCUUCUGAAGGAGGAUGGGAAGUUGUGGAAACAACAGGAAUUGCUCUGGCCACAGCUUUGCACCAGUCUGUUGUCUAUGAAGAUGAGUUUUGGGUGAUUGAAGGAGAGAACUUCCACACAACAGUCUUCCAAAACAUAGUCAAAUACAAUUUCCAUAAGAAUAUGUGGAAAACUGUUGAUGCUGCCAGUAAGAAAAAGCCAUUAGCCCGAUUUGGCCACUCAGUAGUUGUGUUUAAGGGCCUUAUCUACAUGUAUGGUGGACGUUUGAAAAGUGGUGAUGUGUUAAAUGAUUUGUGGUCAUUUGAUCCUGUCCAUCAAGUGUGGAAAGAAAUUACAAAAUAUAAAGAAGAUCCAAAUUGUACUGGUCAUCUUUGUAGUCCGUUAGCAGUUGUUGGACAUACAGCUACCUUGGUAAAUGAUCUCAUGGUAGUGAUUUUUGGUUACAACCUUGUUUUGGGCUACCUGAACACUGUGCAGGAAUACAACUUCUUGUCAUUAUCAUGGAAAACAGUAAAAGCUAAAGGUGCAAUUGUAAAAGGAGGAUUUGGCCACACCAGUACAUAUGAUAAAAUUGGUCAACUGAUUUAUGUCUAUGGUGGGUACCACUCUCAGGGUCCAGCAGGAAUGGUGGUUGACUUGUUGUAUGCCUACAAUCCUUUUGAACAUUCCUGGUCACAACUUGCUUCAAGUGGAUCAUACCGGUACUUACAUAGUGGAGUUUUUCUCGAUGGCAUGUUACUAGUGUUUGGGGGAAACACUCAUAAUGAUACAUCAUUUAGUACAGGAGAUAAAUGUUUCUCUGCAGACUUUCAAGCUUAUGACGUUCAAUGUGACACAUGGGAAACACUAGACAAUCCUGUACCAGAAUAUCUAGCAACUUUUUCUCGCUUUGGUCACACAGCAAACAUCUACAAUACCUCCAUGUUUGUUUAUGGUGGGUUCAAUGGUCAGUUACUGUCCAGUCUCUUGAAAUUUUCACCAGGUUCCUGCAUAACAUUAAACAACCAAGAAGAAUGUUUGUCUGCAAAACUUGGCAGACGCUGUGAGUGGAAUAAAGACACGGGUAUCUGUCAAGCACAGGUUCAUACUCCAUCUCGAAAAUCACCUCGUUCAUAUUGUCACAGAAAAAAAGUACUCUAUAAUUACACAUCACUUUGUGAGAAGAUGACUUCCUGUCCUAGCUGCUUGGCCAAUUCAUAUGAUUGUGUCUGGUGUGGAAGCCUGUGUUCUUAUAAAAACUGUCCAGAUUCCCUUAAAACUACUUCAAACUUGGAAUCUUGUGAAGAUGCUGAGAGCAGCAACUGCGAUAAACUCCACAAUUGUCAUGCCUGUCAUACAGAAAGUCACUGUGGCUGGCAGGCAGACAACAAAUGUUAUACGUUUGUCAGGGAAAUGGACAAUAAAACUGUAAAAGCAGUUUUAUCUCCAGACACUCGAGUAAAGUGUGAGUCACCUUGUAGCAGUAGAACAACAUGUGAGACUUGCACUCAAGGGUCCUGUAUGUGGUGUGGCAAUCAGGAGAUCUGCCUGGAAGCUAAUGCUUAUGCUGCUUUGUUCCCUACAGCUCAGUGUAUGGAAUGGACGACUCACUCUCAUAGGUGCAAAGGUCUACAGUGUGGUGACAUUCAGACUUGCAAGGAGUGCCAAAGCAAUCCUCGCUGUGGAUGGUGUGAUGAUGGAAGUGGGUCAGGAAUUGGGGCUUGUAUGGAAGGAGGAGCAUCAGGUCCUGUGGAACAUUGGAAUGAUACGGUUCCUCAUAUGAACAACUCAUUUUGUAUGAAGGAACAUUGGUAUUUUUCAUCUUGUCCAGAUUGUCAAUGUAAUGGCCACAGUUUCUGUAAAAAUGAAACUGGGGUAUGUGAUCAGCCAUGUGCACACCUUACUGAAGGGAAACAUUGUGAACACUGUAUUCUUGGUUAUUAUGGUAAUGCCUUAAAUGGAGGGAUGUGUAAGCGUUGUUCUUGUAAUAACCAAGCAACUGUGUGUCAUCGUGAAACUGGAAAAUGUUAUUGCACAACAAAAGGAAUUACUGGUGACUCUUGUGACAUGUGUGCUGAAAAUUAUGUUGGACAUCCUGAAGAUGGUGGAACAUGCUAUUAUAACCUGAACUCUAACUUCCAGUACAAGUUUGAAUUAUCCAAGCCUGACAACAGGUACCAUCACCAGAUCAAUUUUCGUCAUGAACCUAUGAAGGUUGAUGUUGAUGUAGAUUUCUCCAUUUCAUGCUCAACACCAGCUUUUUUUAAUAUCACCACAGCUUCUUCAUUUAUGCCGGAACAAGCAAUGAUAGAAAACCAAGAAUGCCCCGAGGUGGAAUUUAAGCGACGCUUUUCUCAUAAUGAACACUCAUUUGUAGGGAAGAACACUACUUUCUAUGUCUAUGUGUAUGAUAUCAGUACACCAAUGGUAUUGAAAACUGGCUUUUCUCAGUAUAGACAAUUAGAUCUCUUACAGUUCUUCAUCACUUUUUCAAGCUGCUUUUUAUCAUUGCUUAUAAUUGCAGCAGUUUUGUGGAAAGUUAAACGAAAGUAUGACUUAUACAGGAGAAGACAGCAACUUUUUGUUGAAAUGGAACAGAUGGCAAGUAGAGCAUUUGGGGGAACUAUUUUGGAACUUCCCGAAUUGCCACAAGAAAGUGUUGGUAUUCCUGCUGUAAAUCAGGUUCCACCUGCACCAAUUGCUCUUGAACCAUGUACAGAUGGGAAAGCAGCAAUUUUAACACUUCUUGUCAAGACUCCAACUGGUGAUCAAGAAUUCACUCCAGAAGGACAAGCUGGGUUAGCUAUUGCCAGUGCGUUGGUGUCACUUGGACAGCUAAACACCUCAUCCAAUACAACUACACGUGUCAUUAAGGACACAAAGAAAGUUGACAUGUGGAAAGUAGACCCAGACAACACAACGUGCAUCUGAUGUGAAAGACCUUAGAGUUUAACAACCAUCCCUUACAGGUGCCUCCUUCAUGUGGACUUUUUAAAAUUGAGUGGUUAAGAAGCAGAAAUUCUUGGUUUACAAUAACACUGACUUCCCAUCAAUAUUUUUGAUGCAUACACAAUAACGAUCUGUAUCUAGUAGGAAGAUGACUUCCUCUAGCUCAUUGCUUCUAGAUUUUAUUUUUCUAUAUUCUUUAGUCAGAAUAUGAAAAGACCUAUAUAGUCAAAAUUUUUCUCCUAAUGCAGAUUUAGUUUAAGAACACAUCAAUUAGGUCAAAAUGAGUUUCUUACAGUUUGGAAUUUAAUAUUAAGAGGGAACAUUUGCCUUACCACAAAUGACAUUCUUCAGCUAAAAUCAUGGAUUGAAAAAUAUUAUUUUGACUUCACAAAUAUUUAGCCUAUCAUGUAAGAUUUGCACGUGACUGUAUUAUUUGUAAGGAAGUUAAACAUUUUUUUAAAGAGUUACAUGUAAUUAUUAGCAUAACCAUGCUUAUGUGAUGUAAAUAUAAUUUGUUUCCAUGUUAUCUUAAGAAAAAUUUUGAACUCAAACAACCACAUUAGUGAUUUGAAAUUAAAGAAAUUAUAAAAUGUAAAUUUAUUGUCGAUGUAGGUCGUGAUUUUAUUUACGUUUAUAGAGACCUCAUAAUAAACUCCAGUUUGCACUAAACAAAGUUAAGAAUAGUGAUACUAACAUAACAGUAUGAGAGUCAAAUGUAGAUUUCAUAGAUCAAGUAUGCUAACCAUAUAAACAAAGAAAUAAUGUACUGACCUCACUUUCACAAAAUAAGUUAAAUUAAUCUUCUCAACUGAAAUGUUAUCCCUUCACCAUACUCAAGACUUUAAGCUAUAGUAAAUCUGUUUAUUUAAGAUAACUUUUGUAACAUUAAUUAAAUUUGCACUUGUAUUGCUCAUUGAACGUAUUUUGGUUUGAUUCUAAAGCUUCUGUAAGUUAGUAGAUGUCCAUGUUCCCUAUAUCUUCAACUAUUAAAGGAAUUUUAUUUAUUUUAAAAUAUCAAAACUGGAUGAAAUGCUUUUAUCCCAGUUGUUUAUUAAGAACUAGCAUAAUAUCUAACUAGUGUAGAUAAGGUAAUAUAUGCAUAUGUAAUCACACACACACAAUUCAAGCUCAUGGAGAAAGGCUUUUAUGUCUAGAAAGUUAGAAGUAUGUUAAUCCUAAAAUGAAUAGUAAAUUUUUUGACUAAAUACAGUUAAACAUAGAUCAUAAUAUACCAAACUUACAAGUAUUUAAAAUUCUAACUAGAAGUAGAACAAAAUAGGAAAAUUAUUCUUAGCCCCAUCAUAUAUAAAAUACCAUGGUUAUAGGUAAUUUUCUUUUUAUGUGAAAAAAAAAAAGAUUAAGUUCAGUUUACAAACUUAAUAGCUAUGAAGUGAUUGUUUAAAAUAGAAGGCUAAUGAGAUAUUAUUUCUGCUUAUGGCCUACCCUUUAUCAAUAUUUUCAAAUAAUGGUAAGUAAAUGAAACCUUCAGAGUUUUAAAUAUUAAACCUAUCCAUCUUCAUUUGUAUGCUAUGAAAAUAAUGCAAAUACCUCCAUUAUUACUAGAAGUGUGAUAAGUUACCAAUUUAUCAGAAUGUAUGCCCUUGUUCAUACCAAGAAAGAUUUUAAGGCUAUGUACAUUAAUUUUAUGAAAGCCAUAUAUCUGAAAUUUCAUACUAACACAACUAUUUAAGUAGGUUGUGUAGAUAACAGAUUUUAUUGCAUAAAUUCGAAUUUAUUUGCUGCUGUUUUUGUACAUUCAAUACAAGGGGGAACAUUAGUAAUAUAAAGGAAAUUAUAGAUUUAUUUCUACCAUUGAAGAAAUUAGUCUGUACAACACUUUUCAUUUAGCAGUGUGGGUUAGCAAAAGGAAGUUUUUCAUAUUAAAUAAUUAGUUUUAAGACUAACUUAUAGAAAAGGUUACCUAUAUGUAAAGUCAAGCUAUAAUGCACUACCAUUGGGCUAUUUAAUAAAAGGAGGUGUAUAAUACUACAUAUAUUUAUUAUUUAUUGGCUUUCAAAAAGCGCCAACGCCUUUCAUUUUCUGUUAGAACACUGUAGAACUUAAGAUAUAGUGUUUAGCAAUCUAAUCUGUAUAAUUUUUUUUACAUGUCAAGAUUCUAAAUAAAUAAACAAGUCUUACAUUCA